GUUUGAGGCGCGUGGUUUGUGUCUAGUGACACGACCACAAUCUCUAGGUCGUACAGUCUUCAGAGUGGUACAUUGUCUGUAGCUGGGGUGUGAACAGUGCAAAACAAUAUGCUGGACUCUAAGACGAAUAACUUUAGUGCUCUCGGGUUUCCCUACCCAAUUUAUGUGGUUGAUGUCUUGGAUAAAAAUUCAUUGGUUGUUGCUGGUGGUGGUGGCGCAGUAAAAACUGGUGUUCCGAACAGAAUUGACAUUGUCAACCUCUAUCGAAAUGAAAAAAAUGAUCCAACUCCUGUUGACUGCCAGCGUUCUGGAGGUUUGGACACAGGCACAGAAGCUGUUAUGAGUCUUACUGUCAUCACUCCUGGAGAUGGUGGUUACAUCGCGAGUUUGGAAGGCCAGAAGUGCGUAGAAUACAUAGCCCAUUCAAAAGUUAAUCUCGUGGACUCACCCUUAAAUUCAUCAAAUGUUGAGACCAAUGUGUCUUCUACUGACAAGACAGAUGAAAUAAGUUUGCGCAGAAGAAAAGGGGGAUCUGAGAAAACGGAUGAAUUAAAUAAAGCAGCGAUUUCUCCAGAAAAAAAUCCAGUGGAAAGUAGUCUUAGUGAAUCAAUACCUUUAGAGUGGGAAUUAACUAAGAUUCGUGAAUACACACUUAUGCAACAGGCUGCGUGUUCGGCUGAUGAUUCUGGCUCUGAGUCACCCUCAGGUUCUGUUCCGGCAAGUCUAUCAGGAACACCAACAUGUGUAGCACAUGGUGGUCCUGCUGGUACGUGGUUAGCUGUUGGCUCUGAUAAUGGCUCUGUAUUUCUAAUUAAUCGUUAUUCUCAUCAACAAGGAUGCCUUACCAAUGAACAACAGCUAGAUGAUCUCUCCUCCCAGUCAUUGAUCUUGUAUCCAGAUGUUAGUAGUGGCCUCUCCACUGGUGUUUGCAGUAUGGCUUUCUCUCAUCCACAUAUCAGUAGUUCUAGUGAUUCUACAACUUAUCCGCUACUAGCUACAAUAUGCGACAGACCUGAUUGGAGUACAUUGCGUGUAUGGCGUACUGAUGGUCGAUUUUCAAAAUCUUUUCUACCUUUGAGUGAUAUAACAUCAAUGCGUUCAUCAUCAGUAAAAGGUCAUCAACAAAUUAAAUCAAAAAUAUCAGUUUCUAAGCAAACUCUUGCAGAUGGUCGGGGUGUUCGAUUGAAAACAUUUCUUAAAAGUGUAGAUACUGAUGCCUAUGACAAUUCAUUUAAACUUCAAGAUCAAAUUUUAUUCAGUCAUUCAGUAGAAAAAUAUCCAUUCGCUAUUGCUUCUUGUAGUUCUUUAUCAUGUAACAGUACACCUCCACCCUCUCCAACUCCUGUUUCAACUGCAUCAGCAUCGGGUAAAGUAAGUGUCUGUCGUCAACACCUGCCACCGCCAGCUGGAUAUUGAAGUUCAGAUGACUGACCAGAGAGGAUAGACAACAGAUAACUCUGGGAACGAACCAACUAAGAACCUGUCGCCCAAUAAAUACCCAGAAGGGAAUGGAGAUGUACACACUGAGGAGACCUUGAUCGACAUCACAUAUAAGGUUGUUGACCGUUCAAAUUAUCGUUUCAGGCAUUGUCAAUUUAUGAAGUAUUCUAUCACACCUCAAGUUCCAACCGGUCACACCUUGUCUGCUACGAAUUCUAAGGAUGAAAAGAGUAAUAACGUUGAGUCUAUGUUAGUUACUACCCUUCAGCCUUUAUGCGCAAAUCGGCGAAGUUUUAGUCGUUUAAUUGUUUGGUCAGUUCCCCAUGCUUCUUCGUUGGGUUCUGAAACAACAGGUACUGGAAGAAUCCAUCAACCGGUUCAGCUUAAUGCCUUUGCAGAGAUUACUCUUCCUCAAGGACAUCUACCUGCUUGUUUGGCUGUUCAUCCUAGUCGGUCACGCGGUCUGAUUGCCGUGGGCACUAUGGAAGGACGUGUUGAUGUUUACUUGUGAGUUCUAUUACAUUGAUUUUUAAUAUACAGUGAAAACCAUUUGAUUGCCAGUUUUACACACUUCAUUAUAAUAUUUUUCUAGAGGCAUAUUUACAAUCAAAAGUGGUUAGUGACUGUCCUAAUGUGAAUAAACUGUACUGUUGCAUGGGUCAAAAGGUUUUAAGUGUCAAUAAAACCUCCCCUGUCCUAUCGAACUCCAAAUGCAGCCCCUUGCACAAAAAUUCAGCAGGUCAAGUCCUUACACACCGUAUAACACACAAAAGUAGAGGACUUUGAGCUAUGUUACCAACAGUCUACAAUCAUUGACUCGCAGCAUUUUGGGUACAUCAGGUAGCGUACACCACCCUAUAUGGCUGGCUAAAAACAGCAGUCAAAGAUGUGGUAGAUUAAUGCAGUGUUUCGAUUUGACCACCCGUAACCCUAUUCAAGCACACUCAGCAGUAUGCUCCGUCCUCCUUUAUGUUUGUGAGACAUGACCAUUGGAAGCGGGAAACAUGGAGAGGCUAGCUGUCUUUGAUCAUAGGUAUCCACGUUCUACCUUUUGUGUUAGGUGAUAUAAUAGGGUGAGUAAUAUUAAGGUUAGGCGUCGAGUGUUAGGUAAGGAGGGGAAAUCAAUCGACGAGGCUGUGAAAUCACAUCGACUGAGAUGGUUAGGAUAUGUAUUAGGCAUGCUGACUUUCUAUCAGGUUAGAAAGGAGCCAGGAGUGAUCACACUAAACUUCAGAAUCAAUCCAUGAAAUCUUUGACAGUUUGAACCACGUGGAGAAGUGCCUACUGCGUGAUUGGGGUCCUCAGAAUUUUAUAAAUUAAUGGCUGGGAACAAUUGUUGAUAUGGCUCACUGGCGCAAAUGCAUUUACUCUCUGUAAAAUGCCAUAUCCAAUAAAGGCGUACUGUUUCCCGAUGUUGCUAUUCUUUUCCACCUACAUUUCUGCUUAUUAUCAUCCUUUCGUAUCUCCCCCUUUUUCUCUUUUGUCUUCCUUUUGUAUGCUACAUUAAGUAUGGCAACUCAAACUGAUGUACUUCUUUGCAAAGUUCUAUGUUGAAAGCAGUCAGUUGGCCAUUCAGCCCAUUCUUAUCUCGUGAUAUGUUUCGACGAGGAAGAUAAUGAUUUGGCUGGUGUAACAUGUGUUCUCAUCAUCUCAUUCAAUACAGCCUCAAAACCAUAUUGAUUAAUUUACCCCCUUCACCUAACACUACGCCUAGUGUCAAUAUUAUUCACCAUAUGAUACUACCAACAGGAGAUAGAUAUGUGGCAUGCAUCUAUGGUUAGUGAUAAUUAGCCUCUUUAAGUCUUUCACUUUUAACAGCCACGUCCCACAGUUGUAAAGAGGGACAAAAUGAACUGCCGUUGAAUGCAUACGUGAUUUGUUCGGUAACCGGAUAAUAUGUCUAUGCGAGAGAUGUUUUCCGAAAACAGACUCUGUACGAAAUAAGGUUGCAGAGUAACUGAGUAUGUCUUUCAUGUGCUUCUUUAAUACUAACACUUACAUAGUCAUGCUAAAAUUAAGUGAAUUUUCAGACAGUUUUCUUAAGGGAACCUCACAUGGACUUCCAUCUAUUUUUCCUCAUACGGAUAGUCACUUGUUUAAGACUUACAUCGCUCAUUAAAUUGUCUGGCUAGCUGUGUGCUUAAGAUCCGGUAUUGGGUUAUCCUCCAGACAGGAUUUCUCAUAAUGGCUAUUAUCAUUAUUAUUAUUAUUUAAUAGAUUAAAGUUUUGCAAGUGGUGGUGCAAGUAGUGGUUAGUUUACUCUUAACUGAGUCUUCCUGCUUCCAUUUGAUGGUGGCAAUAUAUGCAGUCUUUUACUAAAAACUUAAUGGUCACACGUGGGUGAGUGGGCGAAUGAAUGAAAAAUGAAUGUCAAGUGUGUAUGUGGUUUUGAGUCGUAGAUCUGUGCAAUAUAUGUUAACAAGUUAUAUUCAAGUGUUGGUUUGUAGGGAUUUGAUUGGUUACAAGAUUUUCAUCAUGAGCUGACAUUAGUUAGAGAACCACUGGAAAACCUGGAAUAACUGGACAGCCCACUGGGUUCGAAUCCCCGUGGGUGCGUACUGCUGAAGAAUCC